GGCUGGGGAGCCAACCUCGGGAGGGCGGGGCGCCGCCGCGAGCCACCACUGGCCCAGGGCGUUGUCGUUCCGCCACGCGGCUAGAGGACUGCGUGCGAAGUCAAAUAGCAGCCGCGGGGAGGCUCGUUCCCAUCGGCAUCUGUGAUUGGCUGCGAUCGAGGGCCCAGGCGGCGGGCCAAUCGUCUCGCCGAGCGCCGACUGGCUGGAUCUGCUGUCAGUCAGCGGGAACAGACUUCUCCCUCUCCAUCUGGUCAACUGCGGGAGAAAAAUUUUCGAGAAUUUCCAGCAGGCAAGGCAGUGGCCGCUUUGACUGCUUGCUUCGGAGCUCCGAGACAACGGAGAAGGCACUCUUAUUUACCGAGCUAGAAAGCCCUUUCCUCGCCCUCCGUUAGCUAAUUAAAACAUUUUUCAGGACGUAGCCAUCCAGAGACAUUCCAUUAUUGUUCCAUUGACCUUUCCCUCAUCACUGAGUCCUUUGGAGCUGAGUUAUGUCAACAGCUGCCUUAAUUACUUUGGUCAGAAGCGGUGGGAACCAGGUGAGAAGGAGAGUGCUGCUAAGCUCCCGCCUGCUGCAGGACGACAGGCGGGUGACACCCACGUGCCACAGCUCCACUUCAGAGCCUAGGUGUUCUCGGUUUGACUCAGACGGUAGUGGGAGUCCAGCUACCUGGGACAAUUUUGGGAUCUGGGAUAACCGCAUUGAUGAGCCAAUUCUGCUGCCACCCAGCAUUAAGUAUGGCAAGCCAAUUCCCAAAAUCAGCUUGGAAAAUGUGGGGUGUGCCUCACAGAUUGGCAAACGGAAAGAGAAUGAAGAUCGAUUUGACUUCGCUCAGCUGACAGAUGAGGUCCUGUACUUUGCAGUGUAUGAUGGACACGGUGGACCUGCAGCAGCUGAUUUCUGUCAUACGCACAUGGAGAAAUGUAUUAUGGAUUUGCUUCCUAAGGAGAAGAACUUGGAAACUGUGUUGAUCCUGGCUUUUCUAGAAAUAGAUAAAGCCUUUUCAAGUCAUGCCCGCCUGUCUGCUGAUGCAACUCUUCUGACCUCUGGGACUACUGCAACAGUAGCCCUAUUGCGAGAUGGUAUUGAACUGGUUGUAGCCAGUGUUGGGGACAGCCGGGCUAUUUUGUGUAGAAAAGGAAAACCCAUGAAGCUGACCAUUGACCAUACUCCAGAAAGAAAAGAUGAAAAAGAAAGGAUCAAGAAAUGUGGUGGUUUUGUAGCUUGGAAUAGUUUGGGGCAGCCUCACGUAAAUGGCAGGCUUGCGAUGACAAGAAGUAUUGGAGAUUUGGACCUUAAAACCAGUGGUGUCAUAGCAGAACCCGAAACUAAGAGGAUUAAGUUACAUCAUGCUGAUGACAGCUUCCUGGUCCUCACCACAGAUGGAAUUAACUUCAUGGUGAAUAGUCAAGAGAUUUGUGACUUUGUCAAUCAGUGCCAUGAUCCCAACGAAGCAGCCCAUGCGGUGACUGAACAGGCAAUACAGUACGGUACUGAGGAUAACAGUACUGCAGUAGUGGUGCCUUUUGGUGCCUGGGGAAAAUAUAAGAACUCUGAAAUCAACUUCUCAUUCAGCAGAAGCUUUGCCUCCAGUGGACGAUGGGCCUGAUUACCAGCUGGGACUUUGAGCUUCUGUGCAACAGUUUUUCACUGAGCAUGUCAAGAAACUGAUAAACUCAAAAAUGUCUCCUGACGCACUAGAUCAGCGCACAAGUCAGUGUAAACUACUUUUCAUAAAUGCUCAUCAUAUUUAUGGUCAGCUGUACAUGUUCAGUGUAAAUAUAUGUGUAGUGAAGCUACUGUGAGUCUUUAAAUGGAAAGAGCAAAUGAGAAGUGGUUUGGAUACACUUGGUGAGAGAUGAGAGUGUCACAUUAAUAAUUUUUAAGCCUCUUAGGCAGCUGUGGUUUUCUUUUGAUCAUUUUUGUUCUUUAUUCAUUUGAGCACAUUUUUGAAGUUCUUCAAAACUAGUCAGUUUGAAUUUUUGACAGCUGAUCUCCAAGUUUAAAAAAUUUUUUUUUUCUAGACUUCGCUAAUCCUAAGAUGCAAGUUUUUAUUUUUAAUAACUGUACCAAGAAAUAAUUAUGAAAACAGUUCUCUGUUACCAUAUUUUGUAUUCUGGACCACUUACUGAUGAAAGUAACUGUGCAAAAGAAAUUAAUUUGACUGGGCGCAGUGGCUCAUGCCUGUAAUCCCAGCACUUUGGGACGCCAAGGUGGGCAAAUCACCUGAGGUCAGGAAUUCAAGACCAGCCUGGCCAAAAUGGUGAAACCUUGUCUCUACUGGGAAAAA